AUGGAUGUAUGGAAUCGUAUUGUAAAUUCAUUGACAAAAGCAUUUUAUACUGAUGUUGUCAUUCAAUUUCGAAAAGUGUGGGAAAAGUAUCUUGAUUUAUUGAAAUAUGUUGAAAGCACCAUUCUUGAUAAGGUGAAGGAGAAAGUUGAGUUGGCACAUGCUAGUUUGAAAAAUUGGUUGGGUAAUAGAAAGGGUGACUUGUGUCAAGAUUGGAACUCUGUAAAUCUCAUGGUUAAAAACCAACUUAAUAAGAUACAAAUCAAAUUUGGUCGGAGCAUAACGGUGUUGGAACAUCGAUUUAAGGACAACAUUCUUUAUUCUCAAUUGGUAGGCAAAAUGUCUCGGUUCGGCUUGAACUAUAUUUUUUACGAGGCCAAACGGGGUGAAACUGUAGGUUCCGAUUGCGCAAAAUGUGGUUGCACUAUUUCUAAAACAUAUGGUCUCUCGUGUGCAUGUGUUAUUGCUAAAAAUAUGAAACUAGGUGAGCCAAUAAGAAUGGACGAAAUUAGCCCUCAUUGCAAAAGACUUAGUAUUGAUUAUGAUGAUGGUUGCAUGGAAGGAGGUAAAUCGGAUAUAUCUAUUCCUACCGAAUUGAAAGUGAUACAAGAGAUAUUUUCGAAGGCCGAUAACAGCAUGAAAAUCCGGAUCAAUGAACAAUUGAGGAAGAUUGGAUAUCUCGAAACAACCGACAUAAAACCUCCUUCUCAAUCGGUAAAGACAAAGGGUGCUCCGAAGAAAAUUAAGCCUACACCGAAUGACAACUCGACUACAUUGUUUCCUUCUUAUGCUGAGCAUGUUGAUAAACUUUUUCCCAACUCACCGAAUCCUAAAUCUCGAAAAAGUUUCAUGAAAGGAGCUUGCAUAAGCAAACCGCCUCCAACACCGAUUCUGCCGAAAAUUCCAUUCAUCGACGAGAUGUCAGUUUUUAUGCCCAACAACAUUGAGCGGAUCUUCAAUGUUGAGGGGGACGGUAAUUGGGGUUACCAGGCCGUUUCGAAUUUUCUAGGUGAGGGAGAGGAUAGUCACGCGCUUGUUUUUCAUAAACUUAUAUAA